CCAUACAGCAGGUGGCGGUAAGCUCCAUUAUUGGCCCGCUAAAGUCACGAAGAAAUAAAUGCUGUUGUCACUUCCGCAACAACUGACAGUGCAACAACAUGGAAGCAAUGGCUGAACAUAGCCAGGAAACGAGGGUUACCGGCGAAAGUGGCGCAGACAAGAUACAAGAGCGGCUUCAGAGGCGGCACCAGGCGAGGGCAGAGGAUGCCGAGCGGAAGAAGGAAGCUCAAGCGAGCCAGUCUGUCGCCGAGGAAAAGAGCGGGUAUUUCCUCAGUACUUUCAACGCAGAGCGGGCCUCCAUCGAGGAUCUGCUGUCCAGCUGCUCCGGAGCGGACCGUGCGGUGGUGACCCAAACACUGGAGGAGGCGACGGUCAAAACGCUGCAGCUGCAGAAGUUUCUGAACGACAGCAUGUUGUUUCUCACGCAGUACGAGCUGAGACGAGCCCAGGAUGCUCUGAAGAAACUCCUCACCUCCUCAGCUGACAUCAGAGAGGAGGCUCUGCCCAAGAAGAAGUUUGCCUUUCGAGCUCGCAGUAAAGCAACAGAUAAGGUCUCUGCACCCCCAGUGACAGACACACCUACAGUUACUGAUAGCACCAAGGUGGAUGUAGCUCCUGCAGAGUCUGUGCAGUGCUGCUUCUCCAACAUGGACAAUGUGUGUAUGAUAAAGACAGCAGAGGAGAUUAAUAAACAAGACGUGCUGUUGACUCACCUGACUAACUGUAAAGUGCGUCUGUUUGGGUCUCCUAGCACGCUGCACAUGACUCACAUUGACAACUGUGAGAUCCUCUGUGGUCCCGUGUCAAGUUCAGUAUUUGUUGAUCACUGUAGGAACAGCACUCUGGCCAUCCCUUGUCAGCAGCUGCGGACCCACAACACCACAGACACACAGGUGUAUCUGCACGUCACCAGCCGAGCAAUCGUAGAGGACUGUCGUGGGGUUGGCUUUGCCCCGUUUACAUGUUCUUAUCCCACCCUUGAUGAGGACUUUAUUGUGUCUGGAUUGGACCGGCAUCGAAACAACUGGAGCCAGGUGGAUGACUUCAACUGGCUCGCUGCAGGAACGCCUUCCCCAAACUGGGCUCUCAUCCCAGAAGCAGACAGGAAAACCAACUGGGAACUCUAGAUUUGAAAGACCUUAACUUGUUAAAGUAACAUGUCAAACAAUCAAAUGUUUAAUUUUCAGCACAAAUACACAAUGCAUCUUGUCUGGGUUAUUUCACAGUUGCAUGAAGGUUUUCAGUAGGUUGUCAGUUAAUACAAAAAUAAAAAAUGUUUCAAAAGGCAUUCAUGCUUUUAGCUUACACUUGCCAAAAAGACUGAAAAACAAAAUGCUAAAAAAUAGCGUUUGAAUGUGUCUUCAUAAAGAGAAUGCUCGACUCUUCAUCCUUAGAUUUGAUGCCUAUUAAAAACAUUUAGUUUCCCAUGCAGUACGAGCUGAUUCGAGCCUAUUUAGGCGGUUUGCACUUUUUUUGGAAGAUCCCAGCCAAUAUACCUUGUAGUAAAUAGUCUUUCAUUUGUAAUGCUGAGUUUGUCAGCCAAUGACUAACAAGAAACAAAAUAAAACUAUUACUACUAAAAAUGUUCAGAUUAGUAACUAUCGUGGUCACAUUGUUAAAAAGAGAUCUCUACCCAAAAAAUAACUGAGAGGCUAAUAAUUAGUAUUGUGUCAAAGUCUUUGAAGAGUAAACUCCUGUGCUGCUGACUAAUCAUUAAUUGUCUUGUUUAUUGUUGUUCAUUUACUCAAAUAUUGAUAUCUGUCCUAAAAGUCACGCUAGAAUUUCCAGGAAAUCUUCCAGGAAGAUUUAAAAAAAAGAGCCUCCUGCUGAUACAUUCUUACAGAUUUCACUGUAGUCAUUAUAAAAGGCACAAUUUCUUUGUCAAAAAUAAUAUUCUGGCGCGAAAAGAAAUUCCAAUAUGAAAAUUGCUGUUGUUGAGGGAAAAACAUUCUGCUAACGGAGAAACCAUUGUCCAAUAAUUUACAUAAUGACAAAGCACAUUGAAAUGUAGAAUACUGUUCUGUUUCCUUGUCAUUUUAAUAAUGAUACAAACCUGAAACCUAUUGUGUAAUACAUCUACACAGUAACAUCCAAUAUUCAUUCAAAAGAUUUAAAACCACUCAAACCCUCACGCAAAGAAUUAACUUAAAAGCACUCAAUGGUACAAAUCCAUUUACAUGUUUAUUAUUUAAGUGAAGAAGGCCUGGAAUGAGCCCAAUGUUAAAAUGCUGCCGGCGACCAUCAACCUUGAAUGGCACUGGCUCUGAUCUACAACUUGCAACAAUAUCUUGUCUGUACUCUUGAAAAGUAACUGCCAUUGAAAUGAGACAAAAAUAAAUCAUAUUCCUGCUCUA